AUGAAAGUGCACCGCGCGCUCGUGGACGCCGCGUUCGACCGCUACGUACUGGCCACGGGCGAGGACGCACUCACUCCACGUACGACGGCACUCGCAGUACGCGCUCUAGCGCCGCUGGGCGCGGACCCGACCACGCGCAAGAAGGCGCACUGGGAGACCCGCGUGCACCACAACGCGCUGGCGCUGGACCCGUUCGCGGGCGACAGCUUCGGUGCGCCUGCUGCGUACUUUGUGAACGCGUCGUAUCAACUUGUACAGGUCCUGCAGCACCCGACGCGUGGCCUGACGCUCACGAGCGUCUACGACUUGCCACAGUGUGCGACGCGACAGGAGAACGCGUCGGUGCAAGUCGCAGGCAAAGGGCUUGUCGUGUAUUGCGACGGACACGGGACGUUGCACGCGGUGGCAGCCGAGCGCGAUCCCCACGGAGGUGCCACGUGGCGUGAAGUGUAUGAGUGUGCACCGUGGGGCGUUGUGCCGUUGCUGUUGGUGAGUGCUUCGUACGACGCCCGACACCACCGUCUGUAUGCCGUGGUGGCUGAGCCGCUAUCGGGCAAUGAAGCGGACAAAGCGUUCCGAGUCGCGGUGGUUGAUAUACUGCUGGAAGCAGCUUCUGCGACGCAGAACGACAUGGAGGUUGAUAGUGCCGAUGGCGGACGGGACCACGUGGCGUCCAGCAUUGCCGUUGUGUCGAAGUUGCCCACGCACGUCUCAUCCAGCGGACCUGAUGUGGUCAUGCUUGUGGAAGGAACGUACCAGUUGCUGAUGCCGCACGUAGCAGAGAAGCCAGAGCGAGCGUCAGUGAAUGUGCCUCCAGCAGCUACCGACGCAUCAGCGACUCCCGUGUGUCGCCGCGACGAGGACGACCUGAGCGAAGGUGAGAUAGCCGAUUUGCUGUCUACAGUUCCACGCGCAGGAAUUGGUUUCCACGGUGAUAUCACAAAGCCCAAAGGGCCUAGCGAAUUGGCAUCGGUUGACUCCACGAUGUCAUUGGGGGAGCGGUUCCGCAAGUCGAGCACGUCAUUCAGCUCGGUAGCCACGACGCUUGAUGCAGCACCUCACGCCUCGACGCGCCAUAACAAGGCAAGCAGCAGCCGCACUCUUGACCAUGCAUGUGAGGUCCCGACAGCAGAGUCCGUUCUCAGCGGCUUUGAAGAGUGUGACAGCGGUGAUCCGAAUGCUAGAGCGGCUCUCUUACGCAUCAACUGCGAGCAGCGCACGGUACGACACCAAGUGGACAUCGACUGCCUGAAGUUCCAGUUCCUCUGCCCAAGCGCCCGUGUGCGAGGCUCGAACGAUCACAAGUCAGCGCUGCUUUUCCGACACGAUGUUCACGGUCUGGUUUUCGAGCUGGAUGGGACGGAAGCUCGACCGACGCUGCGCCACACAGCCACACUCCCAGCGUUCGGCUUUGUGCAAGCUUCGAAGCAGGACAAGAAGUUCAUGUCGUUUCACGCGUCAGGUUCGUUUGCCUGUAUUGGCGAAUUCCAGCGGCGCGUGUUCGUGUACAUGGGCAGCAGCUCCGACAUCGAGCGCGAGGCGCACACACGGAAGCAGCACAUUGUGGAGUUUGGCGAUCAAGAGCUACUGGGGAUGCAACUUGUGGACGAGCAGACGCUCUUCGUCCUGACCUCGAGCCAAGUCUACUCGCUUGGGUUGGGCAGCAUAGAAAGGGCCUAA